CCACAAGGGCUUGGACCUUCCCGGAAGAUGCCCAUUUCCCCUUAUUUAUCUCCCUAAACUCGACUCAAAACAAACUCCAACGCUAUAGCUUUUAUAGUCUAUAAACAUUUUUUUUUUUGCAAUUUUAAUUUGCCUACAGCUGUUGACUUAAUUGCAUUUUAAAGUGACACCUGUGAGCGCGUUUAUUAAACAUUAGCUAACCGAUACUGUUGCUAAGUUAAAGUGCAAACUCCACAGCGAUGGAUUACAAAUGACACUAAUUAAUGGUAAUUAUUUACUUUUUUAAGCAGUAGGACACUUUGUUUCUCUCUUUUAACCCGCUACCGUUCUUAUUAAUAGUGAAACCACCAGUUCCUUGUGUUUCCUCCGGUCGUCUUACUACUACCAGGCUGCAGUCAAGACUAAACUUUGGUACCAGGCCAAUCAUUUCCCAGGAAAAUGUGACUGCUAGGAAUUCCCCACGCAUCAGCCCUCUGUAGGAGAGAACAGCACAUCCAGAGAGCAGCAGCAGCAGGAGGGUUGAAGCUGACCGGUAGACUGAGCGAUGAUGAUGAUGGAGCUAUAGCACCGUUUAGUCUCCAAAGGGGAUAAUAAUGUUAUUCUAACGUCGUCUUUUCAUGAGGACUGCCUGCAUAAAGCCAGGAGGACAUGCUGUGCUGAUGACAACUUCUACUACCAGGGUGUAGAUGCUCCAGGCGCAGCGGGACCCAGCCUCCGUGUCAGAGAGGGACGAGGCUGCUCCUACCUGGGCCACAUCACUCCUCUGAAACCCGGCUCGUGGUGUCUCUCUCGCCCAGAUUAGAGAACAGGAGGACGACGACGACGACAGGGGAGCCAUUUUGUGAGGUGACGCUGAGUCUCAGGAGCCAGGAGUAGUCAGGAUAUUUUGGGCAGCUCCCUGCCCUCUGAACUCAACAUGACGACUGCAGUGCAGCCCAGUGAACUGGUGUUUGAAUUUGCCAGCAACGGGAUGGACGAAAUCAACCAGGUUUGCAGUUAUCUCAUCCCCACAACCGCGUCUGAAUCCUGUGGAGCAGGAUUGAUUCUGGACGACCCGUCAGUAUUCCCAGCGGUGAUCGUUGAGCAGGUGCCGGCAGCCGAUCUGCUGCAGGUCUACUCCGGCCUGGAGUCCGACGAGGUGACCAACGGCAUCAUGGUGGACUCCUCUCUCCACGUCGUGGAGGAGCCUUCCAUCCUGGUGGGAGGGGUCGACCUCUCAGAAACAACCGUCUCUGGCCCAGAGGACAGCAUGGAGACGAACGAAGCCGCAGCAGCUCUUCUUAACAUGGAGUCUCCAAACAACAUCUUAGACGAGAAGCGUAUGAUUCACACCUACGGCACUCUGCUGGAGUCAGACUUGACAUACGCCCCUCUGAGGCCUGACCAGAUGGGUAAUGACCUUGACAUGUCCCUAGACGAGGACACUUCAUCCAUGGAUGAGAUCCCCCAAAAGUGCCCCUUAAAACCUCAGAAAAAAACCAAAGUGCGGAAGCCGCGGGCGGUGCGUCCCUGCUCCCCUAUCACCACCCCUAACCUGCCACUCAGGAAGAAGAGCAAAGAGGGCAAAGGCAACACGAUCUACCUGUGGGAAUUCCUUCUGGCUUUACUGCAGGAUAAGAACACCUGUCCCAAAUACAUCAAGUGGACGCAGCGAGAAAAAGGCAUCUUUAAGCUGGUGGACUCCAAGGCUGUUUCAAAGCUGUGGGGCAAACACAAGAACAAGCCUGACAUGAACUACGAGACCAUGGGAAGAGCUCUCAGGUACUACUAUCAGAGAGGCAUCCUGGCCAAAGUGGAGGGGCAGCGGCUGGUCUACCAGUUUAAGGAGAUGCCGACCGAUCUGGUGGUGAUCGAGGAUGAAGACGUGGCCUCCGACGCCAACGUCUGCUACGGGAGUCAGAGAUCUACCAACGGGCGGUCUGUGGUCCGGGGAGGGCCCAAAGGGCACGGGAGGGCUCACGGUCAACACCACGUCUCAGUGAAGCACAUGAAGAAGGAGCCUCAUGACGAGUAUCUGUACCAGGAAUCUAACGGCGAGCUCCUUCAGUCUGUCCAUAUGCUGCAGGCCAACCACGGGUCUAUCCAAGAUCAAGCUAUGAGGGCCAUCACCGCUCCGGCAUCAGUUCCUAUGGUCCUGACGUCUCCCGGCUCUCUGCAGUCUGUUCCCCUCACCACCGUCCUGGCCAACGGGGACUCCUGCCACUCAUCCCCCCCGCGGGUCAUCCUCCACACCAUGCCCUCCGCCACGGCAGGCGGUAAAGACGUGCUCACCAUCCAGACGGCCUCUCUCGCCGGCGGAGCCAACAACCUGCACGACGGCCUCCCUCAGCACCUCCUGGUCACCAGUCUGGGCUCCUCCACCACCACUUCCUGUUGCACUUCCCCUUCAGGAGUCAUUAGCUCCACCGCUUCCAACCUCAACGGCCUCCCCCGCCUUGUCACCAUUAACACGACCUGCGGGCAGACCAUGGUGGCGCAGCAGCCCGGCACCGUAAUUGCCACCGUGCUCAAAUCCAGCGACCUCCCGGGGCUGCAUGUCAAAGAGGAGAUGCUGGACCCCAGCUACUUCCAUUCGAUGGUGAACGGUGAUCCGUCACUGGCGGCACACACGUUUGACAAAGAAGAGAUUGAGGUUGGGGAGGCGGCGCUGCAGUAUAGGACUGUGAUCAUUGAUACCAGUCAAAGCCAGUGCUACGAGGCGGUCAGUGAAACUUUAAUUAAUGGACAUUUCUCCCAGAGCAGCAGCCCCGGCGAGGGCCUGACCCCCGUGGAGGAGCUGGAAGUGCGUGGGGAGAUGUCUCUGCAGCCCGAGCAGGGAAUCAAAGGCCUGCAGGAGCUGCCGCUGUCUGUCCAGCUGCCUGCAAACUUUAUCCAGAUAAAAACAGAGCCUGCGGAGGCUUAGGGCUGCAGGACAUGAGCUGAACCAAAAAACAACAAUUGAAUCCAAUUUGACCACAGUUUUCGUACCACAGUGAUCUGAUCACGGAUCACAGCGAGGGAUCUUACAGCACGUCGCUCUUAAAGGUUGCUCAGUUCAGCCUCAGGAUUUAUUGUUUACUCACAGAUUUUGUGACCAUGUGCCUAAUUUUAAGAAAAUCAAGGGAGUGUUUAGUUUUCUAAGAAGUCACUUUUCAGACAUUAACCCCAACACAUACAUACAUAAACACAGCAAAACACACACAUAUAAACACCCUCCCCCUCUAGGAGAACAGCCAUUGGAUAAACCAGGGAUCCCUGUCUACCAAAUGUGCCAGUUAGUCAUUUAUUUCUUACCUUACAUCUCAUCGGACUUGUAUAUUUAAAGACGCAACAAACCAAAACCGGGGACUGAAUACCAAACGGUGCAAUGAAAUCAGACGUCUGAGAACGUGCAGAGGACGUGUGUGUUUUUAUUAAAUAAACUAGUUUGGAUGCUGUGUCACGGUGUCCAAUCCAGUGGAGGAAAAAAGAAAAAAACACACAUCUCAGAGUUUAAUUGAAGAGUGCCUUACAGGAAGUUCAAACAGCUCAAGACUCUUUCGUGGAAACGUCUGUGGGGAUAGAUGAAAAAAUGGACUAAACGGCUUCUCAGACUUUUAAGAACUUGUUAUUCAUUUAUUUUCAUAUAAACAAAAAAAAAAAAAGGUAUGCAUUCGCUCUCUAUUACUCCUUGCCUUAAAAAAACCCCACUGUUUUACUAUGGAAAUGGGCAUUUUCUGUCCAGCCAAGGACAGUCCAACAUCAAAACUGUUUGUGUGGCGCUGCAGACUGGAGGCACAGCGAGAUAGCGAAGGCACAAAAAGGAGAGAAAGAAAACGCAGGAUAAAAGAGAUUUUAUCAGCUUCAGAGGCUCACAUGGUUUAAAUCCUGUUUAUAUGAAAUGGAAUAUAUAUGGAUCUAUAUAUAUAUAAAUAUAAAUACAUAUAAUAUACAAUUGAGAUUCAAUUUUAAGGCCAUAGUGAAUUUAUUUAUUUUGUGAAUUUCUAAAUUCUGUAUAAAAAAAAGGCACAUUUUGUCUUCUAUUUACAUGUGUAAACAUGAGGGAACAUACAAAGAAUAUGAACGUUAAUACCAGGAAGCUUAUUUGGUAUUUUUUUUAAAACAUUUUUUUUUUUUCAUUUGUAUAGCAUUCCAUAUAAUCUGCUUUCUUGAGUUUUGCUUCAUUAUAUUCUCUUAUUGUAGAUAUCCUCUGUUGUGUACUGAAUGUGCUUCGGUUUCUUCUUUUCAGCAGACAUACCUCUUAACCUUUUUCAACAGUUAAGCUGUAGGGGACUAUGCAUUAAAAAUAAUAAUAAUGUAUCAAUCAGUAUGUCUUUGAAAUGAUGUUUCUUUAGUUAUUCGGUACAAAGACGUACCAGUGCUGUCUCCUCUCUCCCCUCUUCCUCUUGCUCUCCUGCUCUCGGGUCAGUCCAGUCUGUGCCUUUCUUUAUUUGCUGUCCCACUUUGUUAAGGACCUCUCAGGCCAGCCGUGAUCCAAUUGGCCCCCUCGGUCCUGCAGGGGAUGAAGCCGUAUUGAUCCUGAGUGGCAUCACAGUUAAAUUGGUUGUAUUUUCCACCCAGACUGUAGCGGCAGAGUGAGGACGUUCAGACACACUGACCUCCAUCCGCACAGGACAGGAGUUAAACGCUGCUUUACAACCCCACAUCAGCCAAAAGGACUCUGGCUCUGCAAAGACACUCUGAAUGUAUACUUCUUGUUCAUGCAAAUUUGUCGACAAUCAAUAAUUACACUGGGUUACAUUUGCAUAGUCUUUGAGUGGGGAUUUGCUGCUUUUUUUAAUUAUUUUUUGGCAUUGUAUAUAUAUAUCUGCCUUUUCCCUGAAGCACUGUUGACUGUGAGAUGUUGAGGUAUGUCCACUGCUCAUGUUUUUGUUGCUUCUAUUGUCUUUGGGGUUGUCAUUUGCCUCAGUUAUGCUGAAUAUAGAGUAGAUUUUUAAGAAAAUGUACUAAUUAAAAACAAAAAUCUUCGUCA